UUUGGUUUGGCCCCUCAUAAUAUCUUUUAGUUUCAGAUUCUCCCACACCUCCUAUUCUUUCUCUCUAAUUUUCUUUCCUGUUUGUCUUUUUUUUUUUUAAUUUUAAAUUUGCACUGUUUGUAGUAGCUUCACCUGCUCUUUUCAGUUACUCUCACAGAGAAUCCACAACUGGCUUGAGAAAUUCAGCAAAAAUUUCUCAAGUUAAAAGAAUUGUAAAGUUACAGUCCUCAUUGUUGGAUCACUCAUACAGUAGCGCUUCUCAGUCUGAUUCAUAUGAAUGACGGUUUUUGUUUAAUUUAAUUUUGAUUGUGUGUGAAUUUUGUUCCAGGAUUUUGCUACCGAGAUCUUCUCUUGCUGUAUUAUAUUCUAGUGUCUGAUCCGCUGCACUGAUAAAAGCAGUGAUGUCUCGGUGAUUUUUUUUUUGGCUUAAUAGAAGGCGAUAUGACGCAGAGUAAUUGGGAGGCGGAUAAGAUGCUUGAUGUCUAUAUAUAUGAUUAUUUGUUGAAAAGAAAAUUACAUGCAUCUGCUAAAGCUUUUAUGGCUGAGGGAAAGGUUGCAACAGAUCCAGUAGCAAUUGACGCACCCGGAGGAUUUCUCUUUGAAUGGUGGUCUGUCUUCUGGGACAUAUUUAUAGCAAGGACAAAUGAGAAGCAUUCUGAGGCUGCUGCAGCUUAUCUGGAGACUCAGCAACUUAAGGCAAGGGAGCAACAGCAGCUGCAAAUGCAGCAGUUGCAACUCAUGCAGCAACGUAAUGCGCAGUUGCAAAGAAGGGAUCCUAGUCAUCCUGCUGUUGUUGGUUCUGUGAACCCUAUCAACUCUGAAGGUAUGAUGGGACAGCCACCAACCAGCAUGUUGGCCAUGAAAAUGUAUGAAGAGCGUGUGAAACACCCUCAUUCAAUGGAUUCAGAGACCUCCACUGGUCUUAUUGAUGCUAAUAGGAUGAAUCUUCUGAAACCUGCGACCAGCCAUCAAGGCCAGCUGAUACAAGGCAACUCUGGGAAUGUGACUGCAGCUUUGCAGCAAAUGCAGGCGCGAACUUCAUUGGCCACUGACGUCAAAAGUGAAGGUAACCUUGGUGCACCUCAAAAAAGUUUGCCAAUGGAUCCCUCAUCUAUUUAUGGACAAGCAAUUCUUCAGUCAAAAUCGGGACUUGGUGGUACAGGAUUAAACCAAAGUGUCACUGGUCUCCCAUUAAAGGGUUGGCCCCUAACUGGAAUUGACCAAAUACGUCCAAAUUUGAGUGCUCAGUUGCAGAAGCCUAAUCUGCAUACCCAAAACCAAUAUCUGUUGGCAUCACAACAACAGCAGGUCAUGUCACAGGCUCAGGCACAAAACAACCUUGGAAAUUCAACUAGCUAUGGAGAUUUGGAUCCCCGAAGGUUUAGUCAGUUUGCUAGAGGUAGCUUAAAUGCGAAAGAUGGUCAAUCCACGCGAAAUGACGGAUCUGUAUGCUCUCCAGCGCAAGCAAGUUCCCCCAAGAUGAAAAUGGCCCAGAUGCAGCACUCUUUGUCUCAACAGCAGGACCAAAUACAGCAGCCGCAGCAACUGCAACAGAAUAACAGGAAAAGGAAACAACACUCUUCUUCUGGGGCUGCCAAUAGCACAGGUACAGGAAAUACGGUGGGUCCUUCACCAAACUCGCCUCCCUCUACUCACACACCUGGUGAUGGAAUUACCACAGCAAGCAGUUUGAAGCAUGUUAGCAGUAUGUCGAAAAGCUCAAUAAUUUAUGGUCCAGAUGGUACCAGUGGUCUUCCAUCAUCUUCCAAUCUACUGCAGGAAGAAAUAGAGCGGUUUGGAGAUGUCGCUUUAGAUGACAACAUGGAUUCAAUCCUUUCUCAUGAUGCUGGCGAUGGAAGGGAUUUAUAUGGAACACUAAAACAAAAUGCUGCUGACCACUCCAAAGAGUCUUCUAAAGGUUUUACAUUUGGCGAGGUUGGUUGCAUACGGACAAGUAGCAAGGUUACUUGCUGCCAUUUUUCUUCAGAUGGGAAGUUAUUGGCCAGUGCUGGACAUGACAAGAAGGUUGUCCUUUGGAACAUGGAUACCUUGCAAAAAGAAAGCACCCCUGAAGAACACAAGUUAAUUAUUACAGAUGUCCGUUUUAGGCCCAAUUCAACUCAGCUGGCAACAGCUUCAUUUGAUAAAUCAGUGCGAUUAUGGGAUGCGGCCAAUCCAAGUUAUUCUUUGCAAGCCUAUACGGGGCACAGUGCACACGUCAUGUCUCUCGACUUCCACCCCAAGAAGACUGAUCUUUUCUGUUUUUGUGAUCAUGACAAUGAAAUUCAGUAUUGGAAUAUCAAUCCAUUCUCACGUACUCGCAUCUCUAAGGGAGGUACUGCACAAGUGAGAUUCCAACCAAGAAUUGGACAACUACUGGCGGCAGCUUCGGAUAAGAUAGUUGCUGUCUUUGACGUGGAAACAGACAGGCAAACACAUUAUUUCCAGGGUCACUCUGAAAUUGUAAACUACAUAUGCUGGGAUGCAAAUGGAGAUUAUUUAGCAUCUGUCAGUCAGAACUUGGUAAAGAUAUGGUCAGUGGCCUCAGGAGAGUGCAUUCAGGAGCUCAGCUCCAGUGGAAACCAAUUCCACUCGUGUGUUUUUCACCCGACUUAUUCAACGCUCCUAGUGAUCGGAGGAAACUCGGCAUUGGAGCUGUGGAACAUGGCUGAGAAUAAGAGCAUGACCAUUCCAGCACAUGAAAAUAUAAUUUCAGCUUUGGCACAGUCAUCAGUCACCAGAAUGAUAGCUUCUGCAAGUCACGACAGCUCUGUUAAAUUAUGGAAAUAAAGCCCUGCAAAUGGUGGUAGUCUUUGGUUACUGCAUACAAUCCACAGAAAUCCGGGAUAAAAGCAAUAGCUCAUAGCUGGGUAGUUGAACCAUUUAUGCUAUAUUUUCUAAGUCAUAGAUUUUAUAUUUAGUUAACAUUGUCAAUUUCUUUUAUGAAACUUUGGUUUGUAUAUUUCAUUUGCUUAAAGAAGCCUAUGAUCAGGAGGAGGGAUGUAAAGCUGCAUGUCUGGGAAAAUGCUUGGUACUAGAAGUAACUCAAAGACCGUGAGUUUUUGAUGUUUGUUACACAGCCGCCCCAGACUUGGUUCUAACAGGUAUACGUGAGUAUCUCCACCUAGAAGUAA